AGCAAGUCAUCGAAAUCUUAAAACCGUAGUAUGGUUUUAGAGUUACUCUUUAUUUACUGUUAAUUCUAUCAAAUUGCUUGCUCAGUUUUAACACAUUUCAUUCUGCAGCAGUGUUAUCACUCACACAUCUGCACACUUACACCCCCACUUAUAAACUAUAUAUCCAGUUCACUUUAAAACCUCAAUGUUACGGUGAAACGUUUGGUUUUAUCACUGCUGUGUUUCUCUAUUUCUCUAUCUCUGUUUUUUUAUGUUUGCCAUACGCAACAACGGCCCUUCUAUAUUUGUGCAGAACUUGUAGCUUUACAAGGAAGUGACACCAUAGAGGAACUAUAAACUCUCUACAUCUGCACUUCUCAGAGCAGUUCCCUGGAGAAAAGGAUCUGUGGAACACACAUUUACAAUGCAGAUCAUCUCAAGUUGUACAAUCCUCUUGAUGAUGAUAUUAAAUAUUGUAUGUGCAGAGAAAAAGAGCUGCAACUUCACCUUCACUCCAGCAAAAAUUACUGCAGUGCCAGGAUUGUGUGUUCUUGUUUCAUGCACCUUCGCUUGUCCAGAUACAACAACAUCUACAGAAACAAUAAUGUGGAAAAUAAUAUUAAAAAACAAAACCACUGAAAAAGAUAUUGAAACAGAACGGUUUAAGAUGCUUGAACCUGAUCCGAACAAAAACAACUGCAGCUUUAUUUUGGAAGAUAUAGAAGCAGAUGAUGCGGGAGAAUAUACAUUCAGAGUGAGAGAUGCUGAGAGAAAUCAAAUCAAAACCAACACCAAAGUUAAAAUCAUCAUUCAAGAUGAACCUGUAAUAGAGGUUCCUCCUCUCAGAGAACAUGAACAGGCCAAUCUGAGCUGCUCAGCACCGUCUCCAUGCCCUGAAACUCCUCCACACAUCACAUGGUGGAUCACGAAAAGAGAAGGAAAGAUCACUGAAGUUAAGAAUGACACCACAUUUACCACCUCUGAAGUCUUCUACAACUCAACUUUGACCUUCACACCAACCUCUGACCUACACAAUGCUACUGUUGGAUGUGAUGUGAGCUAUGGAAACAAAAUAAACAUCAGUACCAGAAGGAUUAUUGAAGUCAUGCAUGUAAAGACUCUCAGAAUUCUGGGCAAUGACACAGUGAAGGAGGGAGAAACUCUCAACCUCAGCUGCACUCCUGACAGUCACCCGGCCUCCUCUGUUCCUUUAUGGAUUUUUAUUGGAACCACGGAUAAAUUACAAAACAUUUCAGGAGAAAAUCUCAGCUAUACCAAUGUAAGCAAGAAGCAUGGAGGAAAAUAUGUCUGUGCGGUGGCAUACAUGAAUGUGCUUUUGACCACAUCUAUCAACAUCAAUAUCAUCAAUCGGAAGGAUCGGAAUGUCACCAGCAAUAUUACAGCUUUUCUAGACUUUAUGGAACACACAACAACACACGUGUUUUUGAUGGGAAUGGGAAUGGGAAUGGCAACCUCAGCAAUCAUCUUCUCUGUGCUUUUGUGUUGUUGGGUGUCUUGCAAAAGAGCCAAAAAACCAAAAGUGCAGACGGCACCCGCAGACUCUGCAGUUAAUUUAAAGAUGCUGCAGACGAACAUCGAUCUGACUGUAACCACAGUGGCGGUUCUAGACUACUGUAACUGGGGGGGCCAGGCAGGGGCCACUUAUGCUUUUGGGGGGCACACUAACAUGUGUCAUGAUGUGGCUGGAGCGCCAUGUAACCCAAAGGGGAGAGUACGGUACUGCCAGUGGCCCGUGGGUGUACUGAAGGCGGUUUUGGGGUUUGCCUCCUUCGAGAGUGGUACCUGCCAGUACCCUUUCAUUAGAUCUAAGGUGGAAAUGUACCGGGCUCGGCCCAAACGGUCCAGCAGCUCAUCCACCCGCAGCGUUGGCCUGCCGACGAGCCUCUGGGAUUCGGUAGGGGCGUUGCCGGACGAUAACCCCUGGUUUUGUCCGGAUUUCAUGCUGUGUCACGCAAGUCUGGCCCGGCUCCGAGGAGAACACAUCCUGGAACUGACUGACCAGGCUGCCGUACACGUGCCCUUUGUGGCCUACAUGGUGGACGCUACCGUGGCCGUAAGGAUUUUGUCGAAGGCUCAGAUCUCGCUUUGCCUGGAUGAUGAUUCUCUGCUGCGAAUGGCAAGGCAGCGGGGUCUUGACCCAUCCAGGCUGAAGGCUCUGAGGUCAUCUGCUCUUUCUAUUGAGGUCAGCAAGACCCCGCUGGGCUUUUAUCUACCCGCAGACUCUGGGGAGAAAGUGUCGCUGGGCGUCACCGUGAUGUUGGCCCUCACUGUGUUUCAGCUGUUGGUGGCUGAGAUCAUGCCGCCUUCAGAGAACGUUCCUUUGAUUGGAAAGUAUUACAUCGCCACCAUGACUAUGAUAAAUGCAUCCACGGCCCUGACCAUCUUCAUUAUGAACAUACAUCAUUGUGGGCCGGAGGCCAAACCCGUUCCCAACUGGGCCAAAAAGUUCAUCCUGCAGUAUCUGGCCAGGAUUUGCUUCAUCUACGAAGUUGGCGAGAACUGCAUGACUGCACAACCAGAGACUUCAGAUCAUCAACCUCCAAAGCCUCCCGACUCCAGUCACAUGAACGGCUGUGCCGGAAAAGAUGAUGUUCUUUUUCAGUUUGACCGAAGACAAGAUACCACACCUCCAAGGUUUCCGGAAGACCAAUCUCAGAUGAUGAGCCCAUGCUCGCUGGGAAAACAGCCCACCUGUCGAUACGGGGCAUGGAGAGAGGGAGCGUUUGUGAGUAUGGAUUACGGUGGCGGAGCAGGAGAAAUAGGAAAGGUAACAGGAGGUGGAGGCGAUGGAGAUCGUGAUGAUGGGUCCAAACGUCCAUGCAUGUGCGAACAACAGGUUCUCAUGAGGAAUAUUGAGUAUGUGGCAAACUGUUAUCGCGAUCAGAGAGCUACAGCGAAACGAACAGGAGAAUGGAAGAAAGUGGCGAAGGGUUUGGACCGGUUCUUCAUGUGGCUGUUCUUCAUUAUGAGGAACUAUAAACUCUCUACAUCUGCACUUCUCAGAGCAGUUCCCUGGAGAAAAGGAUCUGUGGAACACACAUUUACAAUGCAGAUCAUCUCAAGUUGUACAAUCGUCUUGAUGAUGAUAUUAAAUAUUGUAUGUGCAGAGAAAAAGAGCUGCAACUUCACCUUCACUCCAGCAAAAAUUACUGCAGUGCCAGGAUUGUGUGUUCUUGUUUCAUGCACCUUCGCUUGUCCAGAUACAACAACAUCUACAGAAACAAUAAUGUGGAAAAUAAUAUUAAAAAACAAAACCACUGAAAAAGAUAUUGAAACAGAACGGUUUAAGAUGCUUGAACCUGAUCCGAACAAAAACAACUGCAGCUUUAUUUUGGAAGAUAUAAAAGCAGAUGAUGCGGGAGAAUAUACAUUCAGAGUGAGAGAUGCUGAGAGAAAUCAAAUCAAAACCAACACCAAAGUUAAAAUCAUCAUUCAAGAUGAACCUGUAAUAGAGGUUCCUCCUCUCAGAGAACAUGAACAGGCCAAACUGAGCUGCUCAGCACCGUCUCCAUGCCCUGAAACACCUCCACACAUCACAUGGUGGAUCACGAAAAGAGAAGGAAAGUCUGAAGUCUUCUACAACUCAACUUUGACCUUCACACCAACCUCUGACCUACACAAUGCUACUGUUGGAUGUGAUGUGAGCUAUGGAAACAAAAUAAACAUCAGUACCAGAAGGAUUAUUGAAGUCAUGCAUGUAAAGACUCUCAGAAUUCUGGGCAAUGACACAGUGAAGGAGGGAGAAACUCUCAACCUCAGCUGCACUCCUGACAGUCACCCGGCCUCCUCUGUUCCUUUAUGGAUUUUUAUUGGAACCACGGAUAAAUUACAAAACAUUUCAGGAGAAAAUCUCAGCUAUACCAAUGUAAGCAAGAAGCAUGGAGGAAAAUAUGUCUGUGCGGUGGCAUACAUGAAUGUGCUUUUGACCACAUCUAUCAACAUCAAUAUCAUCAAUAAUUCAAAUGAAACGAAAAAUCCUGACAAUCCUGAAAAUCAAAACAUGACCGGGACAGAUACAAAGGAUACGAAUGUCACCAGCAAUAUUAUUAUAGCUUUUCUAGACUUUAUGGCACACACAACAACACACGUGUUUUUGAUGGGAAUGGCAACCUCAGCAAUCAUCUUCUCUGUGCUUUUGUGUUGUUGGGUGUCUUGCAAAAGAGCCAAAAAACCAAAAGUGCAGACGGCACCCGCAGACUCUGCAGUUAAUUUAAAGAUGGUGCAGACGAACAUCGAUCUGACUGUAACCAAUGAACAGACGCCUCUUCAUAACCAAUCUGAUGCAGGGAUGUCAAACACACCGGUGGAGUCGACAGGUGGAGAAGAAGAGAGUGAAGCAGGUGGUGCAGAAGACGGGGAAGCAGGCAAGGCAGCAGCAGGAGACGUCGAUUAUGCCGCAAUCGAUUACUCGCUUCUAAAGAAGAAAUCACCUGAGGAGGGAGAGAGCAAGUCAAUGGACACAGAAUACGCAGAGAUCAAGAGGGAUGGGAAGGGACGGAACGCCCUUCAGAAUGAACAUGACCACACUGAAGACCAGAAGCAGAAUGAGGAAGAGGAGCUUUAUUCUAAUCCAGAUGCACUGAAAGGUCAAGCAUGAGGAACUACACAAAGGUUUUUGUGGUAGAUCUGUGAAAAGCGUUUCUCAAAAGCUUUAAGCGCCUCAGCUGUGCGUUUAAGCAUCACAGUUACCCAAAACCGCUGAAAACGUGCUUGCAUGCAUUUGGAAAAGUUUGCAAAUUCUGCAUUUUCUGCACAACUUGUGUUGUUUUUACAUUUGCUUGGAAAAAAUGUCAAAUAUCAAUUUUCAGUUCAUGAACAUAACGGAACAUGAUGUCCCGGACAUUUUGUCAUAGAUAUUAAGACAUUAGGCUUUAUUGUCUGUGUUAUUGUCUGUGUGGCUUUAUGGAUUGUAUCGUACAACAGUAGACAUUUUUUUGUCAUUUUUUGUCAGUUUGGUCCCAUUUAUUGUAUUCUUUGAUAAUAAAGAGAACAAAU